AGUCCUGGGAGUACGACAGGAAGGACUUCGGGAGAGAAAGGAGCAACGACAACGAUAUCCAAGGAGCCUAUCGUACCCGUAAAGCUUCGAUAUGGAUCCAGGAAGUGAUAAAACCGACACGACAUCGACAGAGACCACUCUUUCGCAGCCUCCUCCUCCACCGCCCAUCAUCCAUAUAUACCCUGAAGAAUUCAUCCCUUCGGCCGCCCAAUCGCCAUCACCAUUCGCUAUCCACAAGAGAAUCAGUCAAGACCUUGUACUGCUAGCAGCUUAUGCUGCCGCGGGGGCUGUAGCCGGAGCGUAUGCUGUCGACAAGCUUGUCCUGAAGCCCAUGAUCAACCAGCUUACAGAAGCACGGAGAGACUUUCACCGGCAUGCCAUCGAUGGAGUCAGUUCGCUCAACGAACAGCUCACUGCAGCAUUACGACAACCACCUCUGCCGCCGGUGGAGACGGAGGAAGUAGAAGUGUCAGGAGAAGGAGAAGGGCCAAAAUUCGUGGACGCAUCGACGCAGACUUCCACACAAAUACAAUGGGAAAUCAACGAAGAUGCACUCGAUGAAGCUCUUAGAAAGACCGAUGGGUUGGACUUCCCGACACCCGCCAAGUCUCUCCAGUCUAUAUCAGAAACAUUACCCGAUAUAGCGCCAGCACCUUCCUCGCUAUAUAAAGAGAUGUCUUCGACAAUCGACGCCUUACGCGAGUAUCUCAAGGAGGAAAUCACAAAGAAUGCGUAUCCUACAUCGUAUGGAGGGUUCAAACCACUUGAAGGAGACGAUUUGGGAAGCAAGGUCAAGAGCGAGAUUCGGAGCGUGAAGGGCAUGUUGCUCAACAUCAGAAACUUCCCGGGUGCUGGCACCAGCAGGCUGGCGAGUCUUGUGGGGGUUUGAUACGAGUAGGUUGCGACGCAUGGGUGUACGACAUCAUUAAGUGACUGUAGAGGUACCUAUCAAGGGAGAGCGUGAAGGGAGUCUUGCAUAAGACAUAUAUUUUCAGCAUAAGGAUGCAGUUAUACCACUUUCGCCAGCGAUUGGUAGUUUGGUGUUGCGUUUUCAUAGGUCUGCAAGAAGAAGUUCGACUGAUCCUUUGCGAGAAACUUCAAGAAAUCCUCGAUGUAGUCCUUCAAAACCUGCACACUUUGUGCGUCCAUGUUCGUAUGUGCCAUAAGUUCAGGUAGGGAUACGAAAAGCCGUAGCAGAUGCUCAGCACCAUACACAUCGCUCAUCUCUUGGUCGCCC